AUGUCUGAUGAAGAGAUCUUUUCUGAAGAUUCGUAUGAAUUCGAGUUUGAAGAAGAGGAAAGCGGAGAUGUCUUGUCAAACGAUGAUGAUGGCCGUAUCUCACAGGACGAGGCUCAAGGAAUUGAAAAUAAAUAUUACACGGCAAAAGCUGUAAAAGACGAUGAGCCAAAUCAAGCCAUUGCUAAUUUCAGAAACAUUGUUGAGAAUUAUACCUCGGACGACCAAGUGGAUUGGGUUUUCCGGGCAUUUAAGCAAUUGAUCAAACUAUAUUUUAAUCAAGCAAAUUACCAAGAAGUGCUAAAUCUACUUAAGCAAGCUAUUCCAUUAUUGCCGAGGUUGAGUAAGUCAUAUGCUGAGGAAUCUCUUUCUCGAAUGAUUGUGCGGUACUCAAAUGUGUCUCAACCGGAAUUCAUCCAUGAUUUUUAUCAAAUUCUUUUGGAUCAAAACUAUUUCGUUAGCGAUAAGUUGUCGUUAAAGAUAAACUCCAAUCUACUAAAUUUGCUAAUGGAGAAUGGAGAAACCGACAGAGUACCACAACUUUUAGAAAAGAUUCAUGCCAGGUUCCAAACUGUUCCUGAGUCAAUUCAAAAAUUAUUUGCACUUGAAAUAAUUGCUGCUGAAAUUGAAUAUUUAUUUCAAAUUAAUAAAUUGGACUUGCCCAUGAUGAAUAAACUUUACAAUUUGAGCUCGAAAAAUACCACCGCGGUAACACAUCCAAAGAUAAUGGGAAUUAUUAAGGAAUGUGGAGCCAAAGUACAAUUUUAUCGAAACAAUUAUCAAAAGGCCAAAUACGAAUUCUAUCAAAGCUUUAAGAGCUACGAUGAAGCAGGCAGUUUCAAUUUGCAAAAGAAUAAGAACUUGAAAUAUCUCGCGCUUUGUUCCUUACUAACUGAUUCUGAGCUAGACCCUUUCCAAAACCAAGAAACACAAACAUAUUCUCAGUUUAGCGAAUUUGACAAUUUGAAGAAGUUGAUCCAUGCAUACCAUUCUUUGGAUUUGGAUGGAUUCGAAAAAGUCUUACAAGAUAAAAGUGACUCGUUUAUACAAAAUGAUGACAUUUUCAAACAUGCAUCAAAGGAAAUCUUAAAUAAUUUGAGAUCAAAAGUAUUACUCAAAUAUCUUUCCACUUUCCCAGUAAUCAGCUUUAGUUCAUUGUGUGAUAAGUUGAAAUUGCCAAAUGGAGAUGAUGAUUUGGAGCAGUUAUUGGUAAGAUUAAUGCAUCAAGGAAAAUUGAAAAACUCAAAAGUCGAUAAUAUCGAGAAACUAGUUUACCAAAGCAGUAGAACGGAUCUAGUGGUACCUACUACUCCCAAAUCAAUUUAUUAUAAUAUUAAAUCACUUGAUUCGCUCACGGUACAAGCCAGCGACAACAACACCAAGGAAGAGAAUAACAACAAUACGGACGAAAUGAUUAUAGAUGGUGGAACAAACUUAUUUUUCGCCGAUGCACCAAACCCUUCUACAUCGACAUUAUCGAGUAAGUUUUUUUUCCUAAUUGAUCGACCCAUCAAAAUCGAAGACUGGUUUGAUGCAAUUUCAAAAUGGUAUACGUAUAUGAUGUCAUCAAUACCCGAAUCGUUCAAACUGGAAAUAAGUCAUAAAGAGCAGAUUACCAUGGAAAGACAACGAGCAGAAAGCAUAGUGAAUCUUGCUGCACAAAACGAGUUGGCUAAAUUCAACACCGGAUUGUUGAACUCCACAACAGAUGGAUUAAUUGGGGAAGAAAAGAUGGAUGAUGAUGAGGUUUCUUACUUGAAGAGGAUAAAUUUGCUUAAAGCGUGGGUUAAUGUGCUUCAAGAUUGA